UCCUUGUCAAAAACCGCCUGUCUCUCUGUUAUCUCGUUUGUUCUCCUCCUUCAACCUUUUCAUUGUCAAAAACCAUCUGUAUCUCUGUUGUCUCUUUUGUAUUUUGUUCUGACUCAACUAAAAUAAUACGCAUCACAUUGAAAACAGAAGGUUGUGGAAUUUCUUGUGUGUUUCCUUUUUCUAAUUGUACACUCCUAUCUAUUCCUAUCCUUUUCCCCCCUAAAAGGAUAGCAUAUAAAAAAUCCCCUGUUUUUGAAAUCCAGUGAUUUUGAUCUUUCCACACUAUUAAGUUUUGGUUUUACUUGUUUCCUUCAAAACCCAUCUUCUAAAACCCAUCAAUUCGUUCUCUUUGGUAGUUAAUUCUUUUUAAUCGUAAUAAAGUAUCAAUCUUUCUGUUCAUCUCCACUUGCUCUGUUUCUUUAAUUUCUCAAGUAAAAGGUGGAUUCUUGGUUAUUGAUUCUCUCUUUAUUCACACCCCAAAAGGGUAUAAAAAAGUUUGUUUCUUUUACACUUCGGGUUUUGCUUCAUAUUUAUAUUCUUUUUUUUCUCUCUCUCUUUUCCUUGUUGUAUUUUUUUUCAGUUUUGAAAUAUACAUGGGAUUCUUGCAUGUUUCUCUCCUACUAUCAUAAAAAUCACGAUCUCAGAAUCGUGUCCCGUAAAUCGCUAGUUUUUUGUUGAUUUAGUGCAUCCACUUGUCAAAAAACGUUGCCUUCCCUCUCUUUCUCAUUAAUUAAAAAAAAGGAAAGAAACUGAGUUUUCAGUUACAGCAAUAAACAAAAACCCUUCGACUUUACUUGCAUUGUCUUGUCUUGUCUUCUGUUUGAGUUCUUCUUUUUACUUGGAAACCAAAACUAAAAAUGGGCACCUGUUGGUUUCUCAAAUUGGUUUUGGUUUUAGGCCUUUUAGAGAAUUGUGUUGAUGGUCUUGGUGUUAAUUGGGGAACUAUGGCUAUACGUAAAUUGCCACCAGAAACAGUUGUUGAAAUGUUGAAGGAUAAUGGGAUCCAAAAAGUGAAGCUUUUUGAUGCAGACCAAAAUACAAUGAAUUCACUUGCUGGUACUGGCAUUGAAGUUAUGGUUGCUAUUCCUAAUGACCAGCUUGCUGUGAUGGGUGAUUAUAAUCGUGCUAAAGAUUGGGUAAAGAGGAAUGUGACUCGUUAUAAUUUUAACGGAGGAGUUACCAUCAAGUAUGUAGCAGUUGGUAAUGAGCCUUUUCUCAAAUCCUACAAUGGUUCAUUCUUAAACACUACCUUCCCCGCACUUCGGAACAUACAAAAUGCCCUCAAUGAUGCUGGGGUUGGAGACUCCAUAAAGGCCACUGUACCCCUUAAUGCUGACGUCUAUAACUCCCCAGAUGACCAAGCUUAUCCAUCUUCUGGAAGAUUCCGCAGUGAUAUUAAUGACCUUAUGACCGAGAUUGUUCAGUUUUUGGCUCAGAACAAUGCACCUUUCACUGUGAACAUCUAUCCUUUCUUGAGUCUCUAUGGGAACGACGAUUUCCCAUUUGAUUAUGCUUUCUUUGACGGGGCUCCUCAACCUGUUGUAGAUAGAGGUACUGGGAUUCAGUACACCAAUGUUUUUGAUGCCAACUUCGACACCUUGGUCUCGGCCCUGAAAGCAGCGGGCCAUGGGGAUAUGCCCAUUGUAGUCGGUGAGGUAGGCUGGCCAACAGAUGGGGACAAGAAUGCCAACAUAGGUAAUGCUAUUAGGUUUUACAAUGGGCUUUUACCACGACUUGCUGGCAACAGAGGCACCCCACUUCGGCCUGGCUACAUAGAAGUUUACUUGUUUGGUCUUCUUGACGAGGAUGCCAAGAGCAUCGCUCCUGGGAAUUUUGAGCGCCAUUGGGGAAUCUUUCGAUAUGAUGGGCAGCCUAAGUUUCCUAUGGAUCUUUCUGGUCAGGUUGCAAACAAGUGGCUAGUGGGUGCGCAGAAUGUUCAAUAUCUACCGUCAAGAUGGUGCAUGUUUAAUCCAAACGCCAAGGAUCUUAGCAAGCUUGCAGAUAACAUAAAUUAUGCCUGCUCCCGUUCAGAUUGCACGGCACUUGGAUAUGGCUCUUCCUGUAAUGGCCUGGACACCAAUGGGAAUGCUUCAUAUGCAUUCAAUAUGUACUACCAGGUGCAAAACCAGGAUGAAUUCGCCUGUAAUUUCGAGGGCUUGGCCACGGUUACCGAACAGAAUAUUUCUCAAGGGAACUGCAAUUUCACCAUCCAGAUAGUAGCUUCAUCUUCCUCCUCUCUCACCCUGUCAUUGAUGACUUCUGUAUUUGUAACAGCCUUGUUAACAUCCCUUUUUCUAUAGAUUGAUUUUUGUAGAUACCUUGGACAUCUAUUGCUCUUGGCUUUUUUGACAUUGGUUACUCUGCCAAUUCAUUUAAUAAAUUUCCACUGUUGCUUUAAU